CUCACUGCAGCCUCAGAAAUAAGAGGCCCUUUCUUUGUAACCUAAUCGAUUGUCGAGCCGAGACGCAGACUACUGGGUCCAGCACACUCCGCCGUGAUCCGUUUCUCUGCGUGUCACACCAACUUCCCAGAAUAGCAACUCGGGUCUGCCUUGUCUGCUGCUGCCGCUGCCGCCCGUGUCUGUGCACUGUGCUCAUGAGGAGAUGGAAGAGGAAGUCACUGGAGGAUUGAACAACUGUUGCUUGAGCCGCUGCUGCCUUUUAGGAACUGCCUUCGAGCCCUCCACCGGUUGGCGCAUGUCGGGCUACACUGAAGUCAAGCUGAUGUGCCCAAUGUGGAUGAGUGUGCCAGUUCGCGGGAUCAUAUAAACUCCACAGUAUUGCAAAGGGGAGGAGGAGAUACUUGGUUCCCUCCUUCGUCCCGGGCUGAUAUCCCCUUGUCACUCUCUACUGGGGAUACACUUGAAGAACUCCCAAAGUGAAAUGGAAGCUCCAGGUGGUUACUGCUCGAGUAAUGGCCAGUGUUCGCCUGGUAAAGAGAAGUCCCGGAUGCUGAUGGAUAAGUCCAACGGGCAGACAGCUCCCCGUGGUCCUAAGUCCCCCUGUGAAUUGACCAUUAAGCAGGAGGAUGAGGCCAUGGAGGAGGUGGAGAGUGCCAGUCCUGAGCAGGAGGAGAUGAGCCACACCGGAGAGGAGGGCGUCCCACUGGAGGAGUCCAUGUCCAACAGCCCCAGUGCCCUGCAGGACGGGCUCACAGGACCGCACGCCCAAGCAGAGGGAGGCAGCCGUCAGCCCAAUGGCGACAGGCCGUUCCAGUGCAGCCAGUGUGGGGUGUCAUUCACUCAGAAGGGAAACCUCCUGAGACACAUCAAACUGCACACCGGAGAGAAGCCCUUCAAAUGCCCCUUCUGCAGCUACGCAUGCAGACGCAGAGACGCCCUCACCGGACACCUGCGCACACACGCUGUUGGCAAACCACACAAGUGCAACUACUGUGGGCGGAGCUACAAGCAGCGGACGUCACUGGAGGAGCACAAAGAGCGUUGCCAUAGUUACCUGCAAGGUAUUGGCCUGGAUCCCGGCGCAAACACCGGCCCAUACACAGGUGAAGUUCCUUCUGAGCCGAGGCUCAUGGGAGAGCCUAAUGCCAUGGCGAGUUUUGACAGACCUCCUGUCAUUGAGCGGCUGCCCAGCAACGUGGCCAAAAGGAAGAGCACCACCCCCCAGAAAUUUGUUGGUGAGAAUCUGAUGAGUUACAAUUUCCGUGAUAUGGGAUAUGACAUGGGCCUGAAGUACGACAAACAGGAGCUGCUGCACCCUCACCUGAUGGAGCCCCCCCUCGGCGCGGCCCUGCCUUACCUGGGCAUGCACCACCCAGGCCCCCCUGUCUCUAUGGUGGAUGUGGUGCCUAUGGUCAACCCCCUGUUUCACCGAGUGCUGCCUCUGGGACGGGGUGAGCGGCCUGGGAACUGUGAGCCUCUGCCUCCCCCUCCGCCCUCAGAGUUUCUCCCUCAGCCCACCUCCAACGGCCCCACAUCCUUAAACAGGCUCACCAAGCCGCUACAGGGCAAGGACUCCCCCAAUAUAAGUGGAGAGGAGACAGUGGACUCAGCUCGCAGCAGUCCUCAGGAGAGACAGGGACACUCAGCAAGAGAGCGCCCACCCAGCGGCCGCUCCCAGGCCAGUCCCGCCCUGGUCCUGACGGGGGAACGGGGGGCAGAGGCAUCUCCCAGACCAGCAGGGGGGCCCGGGAUACUGAGGAUGGUCACAGAACGUCCCGCCAAUCAGGAGGGCAUCCGUGUGUUUGGGAGAGAGGGAGAGAUGCGGGCCUUUCAGUGCGACCACUGCAGGGUGCUUUUCCUGGAUCAUGUCAUGUACACUAUCCACAUGGGUUGCCACGGUUACAGAGAUCCCCUGGAGUGCAACAUCUGUGGGCACCGCAGCAAAGACCGCUACGAGUUCUCCUCUCACAUCGUGCGGGGUGAGCACACAUUCCAGUGAGAGGAGCUGAAGAAGUGACACCAGGGCAAUAUCCUCAUCCAUCCUCAACCUCAACCUCCGACUACACACUUGAAUGUACUGGAGUGUAGCACAAUCACUGACUGCUUUAAGCUACUGUUGUGAAUACUGCUGAACAAUCAUAUGAAGGUAUGGCCAAAGACACAUUUUAUACAUAUUUAAUUACUUUUUGUUGUAAAAAAAAAACAAAAAAACUGAAGGUAAAGUUUUCCCUCUUCUCUUCUUGGUCACUGCUUCAGCAGAGCUGGCUGAUCUGUAGAGGCAGAACCAUCUGCUUUUCUCAUAGUCAUUGUAUACAUGUUUUAGAAAAUAUUGUUUUGCAUUUUACAGUAUAUUUUAAGUGAUUUCUCCCAAACAUUGCACUGAAGAUGCCCACACUCCAAUUCAUUUAAGUUGCCUCCCUAAAAGAACCAGCGUCUUUUUACUCUUGUCUCAUGGACCAAAAAGCUCAAAUGGUCAUUCUUAAUUGCAAAUAGGAAAAAGUGAGUGUUGAUACCCUACAAUUAACUGGUGAUUAUUUUGGAUCUAAUGAAAGGUCCCUACUGCCUAUGAUGACAAAUCUGUUUAGCUUUUUCCAAUAGCUAAGUUCAAAAGUUUUUCUCCUGCCACUGCAAAUAUGAAGUUUAUAUUCUUAAGUUGUAUCAGCUUGUGUAAGUCAUUGUACACACAUCUCUAAGCUUAUGUUCAUUCAUUAGGCAGCUCUAUAAACAGCUUCCUCCGUCCCUUUAGUUUACGCAGUAUAGUCGGCGCUCCUCUCAGAGUCGACCUAACCUUAACCCUUCCCCUACACUCACUCUCAAUAACAGUUUUAUCACUGUUUUUCUUCAUAUCGCCCAUGUUUUACACUUUAGAUGACAUUACAUCCUGGCACACGCACUGAAAGAUGAUAUGUUCCUGCGGUUUCAGUCUCACUGAUCAAUUCCUUUUGAAAGGUGAAUGUAUUGACAGUGAAGUGAAGCGAGGAAACACACAAAGCACUAGUCCAUACUUUUUCUGUGGCCAUAUUGUCUCAUCUUUUCUUUUAUGGCUCCAAGGUAACACGUUUGCAGCACCAAUGAGCAUUUGUUUACAUCCUAAGCUGAUCUCUGCGAAGUCAGAGAUCCAAGUGACGCGGGUGAGCUGCCGCUGUUGUGAACCAAUAGAUUCCAACAGUUUUGAAGACGACUGGUCCGAGUGUGCGUCCUUACGUGAAUGGUUACCAAAGAGAUAAGGAAAGAGAGAUGUGUAGUCAUAGGCAUUUCAGCUUCGUAGCCUGCUUUUCUUCUCAGAUUAAAAAAGAGAUAUAAUGUCUGGAAUCCUGGUACGUGCUCUGACAGAUUACACAUAUUUGAUAAGUCUGACCUUGCAAUGUUUUAAAAGUAGAUCAAUAUUUUUUGUUUGGACUAUCAAAACUAUGAUUGUUAUAACGGGUUUAAUGUUUGGACACUUUUGAAUAGUUUUUGCAGGAGCCACUUGACCAAAAUAGCACUUUAUGUCUUACUCCAAAUGUAACUUUUAGCUGUAAAUCAUACUCUGAAACUAUGCUAAAAUAAAUAAACGGAAACAAUAUUACAAACACAAUGAAACAAAAAAAUGUGGCUGCAGGUUUCUAUCUAUGAAAAAGUAUUCUUCUCGUUCAAAUCUAUAGGCAGCUCUUCCCUGAAGCCGGUUAAAGCAAGGAUUUUUUACACUUGUUCAGUUUUAACUCUGAAAAUAUGAUAUAAUCGUACUCCCUGUCCGGUAAACAAAUCCAGAGUCAAGUGCAUUCAGAACAGAUCGCAAUGUAAAAAAAAAAAAAGAAUGUGUAGUUGCAUUGGGGGAUAAAAAUAUAUAUUUUUAUGCGAACAGCCUUAUACUAAUGGAGCCAUAUGAACUGUACUAAGAAGGUCUUCUAUGUGAAUAAUGAGAAGUUUACUUGAAAUCGAAGCUUUGCUAUAAAGAGAUUACGGGACAAGUUUUUUGUAAAUUUUGAGUGUACUGUCUAUUUUUCUGCAAGAGUCAUGUUUUGUGGACUUUUGUGUGUGUUUUUGUUAAAUGAUGUUUACAAGUUAAGACAGGGUUCAAGUGCAUUAUAUUUUGUAAAUUAUAGAACAUAUUAUAUGGACAAUUUAUAUUUUGGCACUGAUUCUCAAAAUGAUUCUGAAUAAUCUGAUAUUGACCAUGUAAUGAUGCGAGGGCACUCAGGUAUUUGCAUAGGAUGUUCAAUUUCUCAUGUAUUAUUUAUGAAUAAUACAGGCAAAAAUGUAAAAAAAAUAAAAAAAAUAAAACAACAACAAAAAAAACAUUGUAAAUCUGGUGAAGGAAGUUGAACCCUGUUUAAAUGAAGACACGCUGUGAAGAACAUUAUGUAUAUUUUAUAAGGAAUGGGGUUGUUUAUUAAACAAUGGAUGUUACUGCCUCGUGUUGGUCUCUGUAUCUCACACAUAUUACUCAAUGUUACCACCUACUAUGGU